GUCACGUGGUGAGCCCGCACAGAACUGAUACAGAAGAGGCUGCAUCAUGGAGCACGCGGGGGUGUCGUUCACAGUGAGAACGCGCUUCGACCGGCUGACAGAUGCGUACAGAUGUUUUCUGACUGACUCGCGCCCCAGCCAAAGCGCUGCCGAUGCGGCGGCUGUCAUCUUUUCCGGGGUGUGUGGACAGGUUCCCGGUGAGGACAGAGUGCUCUGCGGCGGCAGCAGUGCGGAGCUCACCUGCGUCGGUGUCAGUCUAGUGGGGAGGAUCGCCUCCAGCCUGGCGUCUCAAAGGCUGCCUCCACCAGUUACGCUGUACUGCGUGGACAUCCUGAGGGUGCUGGUUGAAGACCUGGAUCUCAUGUCACAACUUGUCCAUCACUUUCAUGCUGAGGAUCAGAUCAUCUCACAACUGGCUGCAAAGAGCAUAUCAGUGUGUGUUUUCUAUCAUCUCCAACAAUCUAGUACUGUCAGUCCUGUCUGGGAACAGAAGUGUGUGCAGGCCUUUUACGGCUCACCCCCCGGUACCGAGUUGGAUGCCUGUCUGUGGUCCUUGACCGAGGUCUUAAAAAGACUUCUUAAAGGAGGUCAUCAAGAGGUCCUUGGGAAGCUUCUGGCAGCUUUUGACUCCAGCCUGUGUGCGCUAUUUUCAAGGUUUCUCCCUAAAGAGUGUUGGAUGGGUUUGACCUGCAACAGUCACUGGGGAACAACAUUCUGCCUCCUGCUUGACCUGCUGGAGGUGCUGACUGCAUCCAGUCUGAAAUGUGGACCAGGUGUCUGUCUGAAGAGUCAGAGAAUAACCCACAUUCACUCUUCAGCACUCCUGGCAAUAAUCAGUUGCUCCUCAGAGUAUUUUGUCAAAAAGCGAGCGCUGCUGCUUUUAAAGAGAGCCAUUCUUCAGAAGGCUGGGGAGGACUGGGCUUUAGGAGAAGCGCUAUUCCAUGGGCUGAAACAUGAACACCUCAACUCUGAUAUGAUCAUGCUGGCUCAGAGUGUGGUCACAGCAGUGGCUGCUGAUUGGUUACAGAGUGUUCAAGUGGAGUCUGCCUCUUUCUUUGGGGGGACCAGACACACCAGAGGAGAUGAAGGUCAGAAACCAGACUGUGUGAUGUUGAGAGCUGUCAGCGUGCUUCUUCUCAAGUCCAUGGAACUUCACAUCCCAACGGCUGCUGUAACAGCAGGAGUGAAAAGUGCCAAAGAGGUUAAUGAGUAUCUUCAGAGUCUGUGGGGCUUCCUGAGGCGGUACAGUGUCCAGCUAAUGGAGGUCACUCAUCUCUGCUGCUGGGUCAGCCUGCUGUUUGGAGAACAGGACGACGACAUGUUGGAGGCAGCCAAAGCUUUGCUUUCCAUAUUCCUCAAUCACAGACUGUGUUCUGGGUUGGGUAACCUCACUGUGUUGGAGGCAGCCUGUACCUUUGGCUGUAACCCUCACUGCCACUUCCUGCUUCUACUUCAGAGCAUCUCAUUUGACCACAGCAUCCUUCUUGACUUCCUCAUCUCCACUGAGGCCUGCUUUCUGGAGUACUUUGUACGGUACCUCAAGUACCUCAGAGCUGACUGGCAAGGCUUCACUGCAGCAUGUGAAAGAAUCAGUGUGUCAGACUGUAAUCUUUCACUGCAGCAGUCACUCUCUACCUCAUGUGGUGGUGAUAUGUUUACACUUGCAUAUAAAGGUGAGCCAGAACGAGUGGAAUUCAGCUCCCUUGUCCAGUCCACAAAUGUUAUUUCACCAGCAAAAAUGAUCAGUUUGGGUGCUGGGCUUCGCCUUGUAGACUACGAUAGUUCUGACGAGUCUGAUCAAGACAACAUGGAGGUUUCUCAGGAUAAACCAGAGGUGGAUAUAUCUGAGAAAAGUAGAUUUAGUGCUCCGGAUGUAAAACAGGAGAUUAGUGGAUCACCAGUACCCAUCAGACAGAAACAAUAUAUGUCAUCUGACUCAAAUGAAUUACUGAGCAAAUCUGUUUCCACACUGGAAAGAAGACAAGAAACAUCAUCAUUGCCAUUGUUACAGAGUGAGCAAACAUCAAGUCCAAACAUGGCACCUCUGUCAGGACAGGUGACCUGUGAAACAUUAGCUAGAGCAGUCCGCUGUCUGUCUCAGCUCAGAGAGGUGGUGACGAGGAUGCAGACAAAGAAACUCUUCCCAUACAAUCCUUCUUCCCUCUUAAAACUUUUAGCACAAGUAGAGAACUGUUCUCAGCAGUCAGAUCUGUCACAUUUCAAUAAAUGAUUAAAAUAA